AUGAGUGAUUCUGAUAUCGAAAUCAUACAAACUGCACCACCACCGCCAAACAUUGAAACCACAUUACUCCAACAAGCUGCAUUUGGAGUAUCUUACUACUGGAAUCGUGCUCAAUUCGCGUUAGGGUCAUUCAACUGGUUUGAUCGCGUCGACACCCACGUAAUCCUCGGCGCGCUCCCACAAGACACAGACCUAACAGAGCUCACCAACGCCCCCCUCAACGUAUCACACAUAAUCAACAUGUGCCAAGAGACCGAAGGUGUCGAACGACGUGCCAAACUAUGCGGUCUAACACACUACCGACUACCAUGUCCAGAUUUCAAUGUCCCGCCCUACGAGCAUUUGGUUCGAGGUGCCGAGAUACUGAAUGCGGUGGCUGAUAAAGGGGAGACUGCGUUGGUUCAUUGUAAGGCUGGGAAGGGCAGGUCGGCGAGUGUCGUAAUGUGCUAUCUUGUAACCAGGUACCAGCUAGAUUUAGAAGGAGCGCAGAAUCUGCUGCUGGAAAAGAGGAAGCAGGUGGAACCAAAUUUAAAGGACGCUAUUGCUAUCAGGCUAUUUUACGAGAAUUUGAAGAAUAAGGAUGAGCGGAAGCCAUUUGUAUAA